CCCCUUAAUGCAAUAUGGCGUCCCGAAACGAAGAGAGUUUGUUUGAAGAGAAUUUCUCAGAUGAUUCUGAUGGCGUUUCAGAUGAAGAGGUAUUAUAGUCAUGUGUUGUAAACAAUUUUGACGGUUUGACUUUCUUAUACAAGGGUUGUUUAGUUUAUUUUUUGCGUUAUUUUGGAUUAUUUUAGCUGCAAAAUGCGUUCUCGUCCGGGAAGGUGAAACCUGGCCUGAAUCGUGUGGUUGAGAAAGUGGAGAGGAUUUUUGUCAAUAAAGUGGUAUGGUGUCUGAUUUCUUCUCCGAUUUUGGAAAAUUGUUCAUGUCAAAUUUGUUGUAUAUUUAAACUGAUGACUUAAUUAUCUGAUUUAUAAUAUGAUUGAAUAUUGAUAAAUGAGUCAUUGUCACCAUACUGGAAAGUUCGUAUGUUGCGCCAAAGAUCUUUGGCAUGCAGAAAUUAUAUAUGCGCCAAAAUAUGGCGCAUAAUUAGCUUAAUAUCUGAAUGUUCUGGUUUUGGCGUGGCGUGACAGCGUGAAUGACACAUAUGUACCAAAUUUUAGGGCAACUAGAGCUUGAAAGAAUGAAAAGUCGAAAUUCACGUACUCACGUAAAUGAAAAAUUUUCCCGCUACAAUAUUUAUAUGUUUCAUUGCUUCUGAUGCUUCGGUGUUUUUCGACAUAUUGAUACAAAUGUUUUGACAGUUUUGUUUUCAAUAUGGAAACACCGCAAAUAUUUUUUCCGUAGACAGUCGGACUCCUCAUUGAUAGUCGGACGCAUCAUUGCCCGCGCCCUUAAACAAAACAUUCGGCGGAUACUCUUCUUAUUAAUAGGCAGUUUAAGCUUCACGUUUCCGGGAACGGCAAGUUUGAAUUUUCUUGGCAAAAUUUUUGUUGAAUGUUUUCGUUUCAUAUUUUCUUUCUUGUGUUGAAAGAAUAAUUAUGUAUUUCAGUUUUAAAACAGCAAGCUAAUUUACUCUUUAUGCCUGAUAUCGUAAAAUUUUUCUUUGCCUGGCGUUUGCCGUUUGACUAUACACGCGACCCCCGGUGUGUCUUGCGCGCAAUUGGUGAUUUCAAAAUAUUGUAUUAAUUGCUUGGUUAAGAUGCCAAAAUCUGAGCGAUUGCAGAAUACCCGUCUAUUUUUUAAGCUAUGCCUUUCAAACAUCAUGGGUACGAUGUAUUAAUACAUCUAUAUUUAUUCUCAAUAGAUUAACAAUAAAUAGAUUAAAAUCCCAUGGUGGUAAAGCCAAGGUAGCUACUAUACAGUGGCUUAGCAUUAAUUUAUUAAAUUGUCAUAUAGGGUUAAAGGUACAGUAGCUCUAUUUAGAUUAGCAUUAAUAGAUCAAAUUGUCACGCUAUAGGCUGCUCUAUAUUUUUAGUGCAGUGGAUACGCAGUUAACUAGUUAUUGUGGCUUUGUGCGUUAUAAAACUUAGCCUUAGCCUGCCCUUAGGAUGUUUUCACGCAUGAUUCUGGCGUAGUUUGGAGACGAGACCAUGUUUUGCCAUUGCAAUUUUCUAUGAUCGCUGAAAGUUUAUCACUCGCGUAAAGUUCCUGGUUAAAACAACUAAGAGAAAACACAUGCCUGCUUGCAAAUUUCUGUGCAUGGUUUAACUGUGUAACGUUGUAGGCUAAUGUUCCUGACAGUUCCUCACAACCGGACAUUGGUGCUUGACAGAUUAUGAUUAAUUAGCGUAGCUGGGAAAAACAAUUUAUAUUAUAAAGCAUACUAAGCGUAGUAUCAAACAUUGAAUGAGUUUUGCAUGAUAUUUCCUUUAUAGUAUCAAUUCUUAAUAUUGUCUGAGUAAUUAGUUUGUGUAUAUUAGAACGAGGCAAUAAGAUCAGGUACAGUAUAUCAGUACGUAUCCAGUUCCAGUGGCUGGCUAGAUGAUAUGAUCAUGUUACUAGCGGACGGGUAUUCUGCAAUAUUUCCUUGGGAUGAUAGAAGAUAGAUAGAAGAUAGAUAGAUAGAAAAACUUUAUUUACCCACGCUAACUCUGUCAACUGAAGCUGAUUUCCACAGGGGGCGUGUAAGAAGAAAAUUACAGUAAUAGGAAAGAAAUUACAGUAGUGAAACGUAGUUACAUGGAUUGAAUAGUUAUUUACAAAAAGUAGAAAUAGUAUUAAGAAGUACAAAUAGUAUAAAAAUAGUAUAAUAGUUAUUUACAAAUAGUAGAAAUGGUAUUAAGUAGUACAAAUAGCAUAGAAAUAGUAUAAUAGUUAUUUACGAAUGGUAGAACUAUUGGUAUAUUUAUUUAAUAGAAAAUGUGGGCAGCAAUAUUUUUUUGAAAGCAUGACAGAGAUUUGCUUUCCCUAAGCAUGACAGAGAUUUGCUUUCACUAUAUAUAGUUUUAACUCGCAAUAACAGUUUUUGAGUAUUUUCGGAACCAGAAAAACAAGUUUGUAAAUUUCCUAUGGCAUCGCGAAGCAAAUCGUCCAUCUUUCUACACGUGAUCGAAAAAGAACAACGUGAAAUGAGGGUUAUAUAUUGUGUACCAGUGGGUUACGAAGGGAUCGAUUGAUAACGCGCGGAGGCCUGGACGCGGGUCAAUGAUGCGUCCGACUAUAUCCAUGCGGAGUCCGACUGUCUACGGGAAAAAAAUUUGCGGAAACACCAUCGUCGACUGAGUCAGGAGCCUGAACAGAUAACUUAAUAUUUAAAGUACGUGGUCAACACAAUUUUAUUAUUUACCUUUGAGCCGAGUAUGUUCACGACUUCACGUGUAACACGAUAUAACAUGAAUUCGCAUGUGUAAUGCUCAGUUUUACUAAUUUAACAAGUGUUUUAAUUUCUGACCGUCAGAAUUCUGCAAAAUAUUCCCUCCAAAGUCCAGGAAGUGACAUUUGAGAGACUCUAGGUUCAAAAAUUUUCCGGGGGAGAAUGCCCCCGGAACCACCUACAAUGCUCACACAAUGCUCUCCUUGUGGCUCGCCAAUCGCUUUUGGCGUGAAAUAUCCUGGCGUGAAUUUUUUGGCGUGAAAUAUCUUCGCGAAAAUUGCGGCGCAAAAUCUUUGGCGCGCGAAGCACGAACUUUCCAGUAUGGAUCAUUGAUCAUUGUCACUGGGGAAUGACUAUGAGUGAUGAGUUAGCCCGCGUGCAGGCCCAAGGGAACAAUAGUGGGCCUGCAAGCAAGACCCAGUAUUUUGUAAAACUCCCCUUUUCAUAACACGCCCCAUUCACACAUCAAUUGUCAAAAAAGAACCAAUGACAGCAACCCAAAUAUUAACAACAAACUCGCAUUAAAAUGUUGCUGGGUUUUCUCUGCUUAUUCAGAACAGCAACAAUGUGUAAAUGGCUGCGUUUUAACUCCGAAAAAGCAAGCAACGCAGUCGGUAAUUGCCAAAUUUGCAUGUGCUCAUUUUCAACUAAAAUCGGAACAGGCAAAUUAGGACGAAUUUCAACAGAAAACCAAUCUCAAACUUCAUAUUGUGAGGGAAGUUGUGCGACCACAUUAAUUAGCAUUAAUGUGUGCUUCACUGUUGCCAUUCUUAUAAAUAAAUUGUCUCACUUAUCAGAUGGUGUGUGCAACUCUUGUUGGCGGCGGAAAGUACAAAAUUUAUUUCUGAAUCAGUUAUUUCAUUUGGUAAAGAACUCUACAAAAGAAGAGAGCAUCCAGAUCGUUUCGUUUCAAACGCCAAUUACCGUAUUCUGUUUCGCUCUCUCGGCAAAGCCUUGCAAAUUGCAAAGUGUUUCAAAUAGGCUUACAUGCAACUUCCUUUAAAUCUUCACCGCGACAGCCCUCAAAAACGAGGUCGGCACUCGGCAAUGCUGACCUAAAUGCCGACCUAUCAACCUCCCAGGUCCAGGGGCGGAGCGAAGACUAUCCUUUUCGGGGGGUGCAAGACAACUUUGUGCCGACAAAAGGGCGUGGCUAGCACGUUGUUAGUGCGUGGUCAAAACGAACCGUAUUCAUUUUUAAGUGAUGUAUAACGAUGAAAUUCGAGUAGUAAGAUAAUUUAUUUUUUAAAUAGGCGAAAUAGUUCCUUAAAAUACCUGGUAUAAAUGUCAAAAAAGCACAUCCAAUCGUCAUCAAACGACCGAUUACAAACUAAACACGUCAGUUUCUCUCUCUUCCGUUUGCGUUUUUGCUUGCUACUGUCCAUUCUUUUAAAUCAUCUUCGUAUUUCUCAUUGUAUAAAAGACCGUUAAGUGUAAUUUCUGAGACCUUUACUGGCUUUACAAAAUUAUAAAAUGAAGCGCAGACGCAUCAACAGUCAACACGCACAUGUGCUUCGAGUUUCCUAUGGUAUCAUAUUUCACAAAAUUGCAAGAAAAUUUAAUACUAUUAAUUAAAUUGCGUAUUAGAGUAAUAAGUUCUUGGCCAAUUUGGCUGAAUGUUUGGAAAAGGACCGAGCUUUCAGUCGACAUAUCCAUCUUUUCGAUCUCGCAUUUUCUACAAAUUUUCUACAAACAAUCUCAUUCCAAUCAGGUAUUGCCUAUUGGCUUGAUCCAAUUCAUUUUGCCGACAACUGAUUUAUUGUGCCGACGGACACAGCAUGGGGCGGCACCCCCCGCACCCCCGCUUGGCUGCCCCCGCCCAGGGCAAAUUUUUGCCGACCUUAAUUCAACCAAAGUAAGAUUUUUUUGGUGCUGAUUGCUGUUAAAAAGUCAGCGAAAAUUUGAUAGUAAAUAUAUCGAAAGCAUCAAAAUUGCGCGCCUAAUAUCUCAGGCGCACAGUACAAACUUUCCACACUAGGGCAGAAUGGCUGUGCUGCCCGUGGGGAAUGUCAUGAUGCCACAAUAAUGUAAGUUGCAAAUUUAGAGACAUUUUUCCAAACCUCCUGCGGACAUAAAAAUAUAUUGAUCAGCAUUUUUGUAGCAUUGGCACAACUUUAACUAAUUAUCACUUCAUGGUACAAAAUUGAAGUGCAUUAAAAUUUCCACUGAAAGUUGAUGCCUAGCCCAUUAAGCAACAAUGUACCUGUAUGCGUAAGUGACAAUGCAGAUCUUUAAUGUUUUACUACAUAUCCAGAAACUUUUAUAAUAAAUUUGGCUGUUCUUUGACUUGGUUUAUUUCUUUGGUCAUGGAAGUGCAAAUUUAAGGGAGGGACCGGAGGGUGCUGGUUUUUAAUCUCAUCUAGACUUUCAAUUAAUUUUUUGCUGGAUGUUUUCCAUGUUGAGCAGUGACAGAUGUUUUUUUUUAGUUCUUUUAAGAAGAUUAACUUUCUCAUCAGUACGUUUUCUUGUCUUUUUUCAACUGAUUGUUUUUUUUACGCCUGAAUUAUGUGCAUUCUUGAUGCCUGAUUUCAGGGAAGGCUAAAUGCUGACUUGUACCCAGUCAUCAAUUAGGAUUUAUAUAGAUCAGUGGAUGGAGGUGUGUGUUGCAUGAUGGUCCCAUGCACCAUCAUUUUGUUCAAUCCUCAUUGGAGGGACUGGGUAUGAGUUAAGGCUAAAUGUUCCUAAAAAACUGUGAGACCAGUUGCAAAAACCCAGCCUAGACCUAGGCCUUUACUUGGCUGGCUUUGGCAGGUUUGGUCAAUUUCGGGCUAGCAUUUGGUAAGUAUCGCCAUGGUAUUUGCCUCGUAAAGUAUUUGUAUUUCAGGCCUUAGAAUAUCUUUUCCAGGGCCAUCUGACAAAAUGUCCGGUGACGUUGAGUUUGGGUCGGACAUAAAAUUGUCCGAUGACCUUCAAUUCAGUUUUGACUUGGAAAUAAGUCUGAAUGACACAAAUUAAUAAACGGUAAAUGUUGUAAGGAUAUUAAAUAAUUUGUUUCUUUCAUACUUAUUUCCAAGCCAAAAUUAACUUGCUUGCUAGAACAGCAGUAUUAUAAAAGACUUUGACAACUUAAGACCGUUUUCCACUUCACCAUUUCACUCGCCACCCCGCGCUCGACUACGUUAAAACAACAGGUCGGUCGGACACCAAUACACUCGGGUCGGACAAACAAUAAACCGCAGUUUCACUUUGGUCGGACAGAAUGUCCGGUGGUUUCCUCUCUACGUCGGACAAUUUCACGAAUGGGUCGGACAAUGUCUGUGACCGACCGAUAUUUUAAGACCUCAUGGUAUUUGCCAUCUAUUUUUUCGCUUCUGCCCUUCCUCCACCCUGCUCCCAAAUCGCCUAGUCCCAGUCUUCUCGACAUGUGAAAAAGUGCUGAAUAUUAAAAAAUAAUAAAAAUAGAAGGUCUAGACUGGCAAAAACCAUGACGUUACACAUAGCAGGUUCUGCAGCGUUGCGAAAAGUAGACUGAAGUAAAUUCAACUUGUAUAAUUGCAAUUUACCUCACAAUUUUUUUUUGCGAGACAAGUUGUAAAAUGGGGAUGUCACAUGUGCAAUUGUUGUUGCAACUUGCAAUGCAAAGUUAUUGCCAGUCAAGGCUUUCCUGAUUUUAAGGGUGACAUUGCUUUACAGUGUUGACCAAUUAUCAACUAUCAAUUAUUUAAAGUUGGUCUCUCCCCCCUGCCCCUUUCCCAAAGCAAAUAAUUUGACAUAAUUUUAUUAUUAUUAUAAUUAUUGUAGCCUGAACUCAAUGAAAAGUUAAAUGAGAUCAAGCAAGAGUUGGAUUGGUUUGAAAGACUGGAUGUAACAUGUGAUAUUGAAAAAGAAGAUGGAAAGAAUGAAAUGGAUAAGAAGAACACAGAUAUUCAUGAUGACUUCAAGAGGGAAAUGAAAUUGUAAGUUCAGGUUAAAAGCCCUAAAAAAUUAGGAAACCUUGUCGGUUAGGGUAAUAUUACUAACUUGUUCUUAUUAACAUGUCUAUCUAAUUUGUAUCUGUACUGAAAAGCUCAUGAAUAAAUCAUUCUAGUCAGAGGAUGUGGUUUUUGAAAACAAUCAAAUAAUUUGCUAGCUCUAUGUUUUUAAUAUUUCUUUCCAUUCUAGCCUUGUUUUCUAAAUGUAGACAAACCAUGCAGAGGAAAGAUUGUUUCAAUCCUCAACAAAAAUGUCACUUGGGAAACAUGUUGUUGCAUGGAAUAGAUUUUUGCUUUGUGUUAAACAAGUUAUACAUAGUCGGGCAUAUUUUUCAAGCCGUGCCCGGUGUGGAUAUACACUCAGAUAUACACUCAAGCUUGCCGGGUGUGGAUAUACACUCAGAGUAACAUGAUCACAAACAUCAUGUUCACCUGAGUACAUAACACCAACACAGAAAAAAUAAUGAUUAUUAGAUUGCAUUGAUAUCGAAGGAACUAGACUCAAUUCCGAAAUAUCGCAUACUCGAACCGACCUGGCCGCGUAGCUCAGUUGGCAGAGCAUUGGGCCGGUGUUCUCAACGUGGUCAGGCAUAUUUUACAAGCUUGCCCCGUGUGGAUACACACUCAGAGUAACAUCACAAACAUCAAGUUAUAUAUGUUUCUUCAACAUUGUUUGCGAGGGUUUUAGUGGGGAAGCAUUGGAAGAGAUGGAAGAAUUUCCAAAUGUUUCCACAGCAACCAUGUUUCUUACCAGUAGUUUGCAGAUUGACAUGAAGAUGUUGUGUGGAAAAUGAUGAGGCUAAUGGUUUUUAAUAAAAUUGACCUCAAUUUAAGCAUCCUAAUGCGCCAUACUUUCAUUGUUUCAUUUACCAGUACUCUCACUGCGAUGACUUACUUGUCAAAGGGGCACUCAAUUAGUUGAUAUUAAUAUUUUUUUUAAGCUACAAGCAAGCUCAAAUGGCAUUUGCUGAGGCAUUACCCAAACUCAAAAAACUUGGUGUUGCUAUUGAACGGCCUUCAGAUUAUUUUGCUGAAAUGGUGAAAACUGAUGACCACAUGCAAAAGGUAGGUUAUCCUUUCUUAAAAGACAAAGCAACGGUCAUGCCGAGUAAAGAAAGCAUUUUUAUCAAAUAGUGAAUGAAAAUACUCAGUGACAGCCUGGUGACAGCUGUUCCUGUAAUUAUUUUCCAAAAGAGUUCAUAAAAUUAAUGUGUCAUGUUAUUAGUUAAGAGUUACUUAGGCUUCGGCGGCGAAGUGGUUAGCGCACUUGCCUUUCACCUCGUGUGAAAAGAGUGAAAGUCAACGCUCUGCCGAAAGGGAAAGUUGACAGGGUGGGUUAGGCACUUGGGUCAGGGGGCAGAUCAUUAAUGAGGUAUCGACUAAUAGCGGCUGCUCAAGAUCCAUUUGUAAGCUCAAAGUCUACCUUGGUCUGCUUCACGUCAGUCUGGUUCUAUCUAUCUAAUAGUAUUCACAAUGUAACCAGUCACUGAAAAGCCCUGAUAGGGAGUGUGCUGUGAAAUAUCUGUAUCAGUCUGUACCUUUCCAUAUACAGUGUACUCUAUAGCUUUGAUUGUUUGGUCUGCAGAUCUUGACAUUUGAGACUUAGUUGUAGUCAUAUUCAUAUUUCACUACUGCAGAAAUUAAGCGAUGUCUUUUUUAUAGCUAUUGUAUUUUUGACCUUGAUAUGGAUUGAGCAAUCCGAAUUUUCACAAAGAUGUGGUCCACAUUUGGGACAUGCUUAUAUUGAUAGAUAAUUUUUUUAGGUACGGGAGAAGCUCGUCACAAAGGAGUUAGCCAUGGAGAAGUCUGAAAAAGCAAGAAAACUAAGGGCGAUGAAGAAAUAUGGUAAAAAGGUAAAUGUAUUGUACAAGACAAAGGACAAUCCGAACAUUAGCAUCUUGAAACUCAAGAUAUGAGUCAAACCAAGAUGAGUUUGUGAAAGUGCGAUUAUAUUUCAGAAUCAUCAGACUAACUAAAGUUACAAUUAACAAAUAUAAAACAUUUUCCGUGUUGAUAUACAACUGUAUAUCAACACGAGUGGAAAUUGGGAAAACGAGAAAUUGUGUGGAAACACGACGAGUGUUUUCACACAAUUUCGAGUUUUCCCAAUUUCCACGAGUGUUGAUAUUAUAAUAACUGUAUAUCAAUACGGAAAAAAAUGUAUUAUAUUUGUUUUAUGAUAUAUAGCAAUACACAGAAAUAUAAAUACAAUGAUACAGAAAUAUAAAGAAAGAAAUUUUCCGACGUUUCCCUGUUGACAUUGAGUUAUAUUAACACGGCUCUUAGCCAAUCAGCGUUCAGAAUUUACAAAUGAUAUAUUUAUAUUAUAUAUUUUGUCACGAUCGUUUAUGCACGCCUUUUUUAAUGUACUGUAUACUACCUAAAAAAAUUUAAUUCAAAACAAUCGCCCGCCACUGUUUUCUAUGCAUGUGUUUACAACUGUAACUCCUAUCAGGGUGCGAUAUUUCGCGUAUUUACUGUACAGUACGUUCAAGCCCAAGGUAUUCAAUACCAUAAUUUAGUUGGUAUAUCAUGUGUCUGAGAUGUCUUGGCAUGAAGCAUGAUUGGACUAAUGGCACCAAGAAACCUUUUUCUACCUCAUAGUCUGAACAUGCUCUUCAGAAACAUGAUUGUACUUUAUGAAUCUUAAUUUAAUGACUAAGUACUCAUUGAGUGCUGAGUUUGUACUAGCGCAAGUACGCGGCAACAACCAUUGGUGUACCAGUCACUCAGUCAGGUACGAUUAAAAAUCUUGAAUUAUCGCACCCUGCCUAUAGUUGAAAUUUUAUGAUUGUUCUCUGAAAAACCACAUGAUCCUCUGAUGUUCUCAUUUUAUCUUCAAUGUUAAAGUUAUACCUGAUAGUAAUAAAGAUAGUAAAUUGUUCUGUUAUAACUCAUCUGAUAGCAAUGGGGUUAUGUUUUUACUUUAGGUCCAACAAGAAGUGAUGCAAAAAAGGCAGCAAGAAAAGAAACAGAUGUUAGAGUCAGUUAAGAAGUACAGGAAAGGUAUUGCCCGCUCGAGAAUGAUAAAUUUUGUAAUCACUAUAUACAGCAUCUUUACCGAACACUUUAGACUCGCAAGAAUCGUCACGUUUUCGUCAAAACAGUUGAAUUAACAUUUUUAUGAUACUGUACUGUAUGUGUUGAGGUUGGUCUCAACGUAACCUCCUCCCCAGGCUUCUAUGUUUUUGUAAACUACACCUGAGUAAAUACUUUUUAAAAAUUACGUCAUGGGUGUCAGAUGUUAGGAUUUUGGUGAUAAUAUACCGCGUUACUUGUAAGUAACUUGAGGGAACUGCAAAGAUUUUCCUGGGUCACAAGUAGAAAAUAUUCUCUGAAAAUUUCAAUUUUGUAAUUUUUACCGUCGCGGCGCUCAGAUUUCAAGACGCAGAUUUCAUAAAUUGAUACGAUGCAAUUUUGACUCAUGCACCGUUCUUUGUUUCGAACCUUCAUGUUGUCAACCAUCUUGAUUUGGAUUCUUAAGGGUUUGGAUUAGAGACUUCAAGUCCAGUAUAGUGAGACAAGACUUUUGGUAUUUCAAUUUUAGUUCAAACUUAAAAUUAUGAAUUAUCAAUGAAUAAUAAAUAACAUAUUCUUUUCUAUUGUCGUUUACCAUUCAAUCUUAGUCUAUUUCAACUAUUUUGUAAAAUUUCAGGCUCAUCUCAGGCUUUUACCAUAUUUCUUCUUGUCAAACAAACUUGACUUUGUGAACCAUCUAAGGCCAGCAGCUUGAUUGCUCAAAAAUUUUCCCCGGUCUCACGACUCGCAAUUUUCCCGGACACGAAUUAAAACGGUACGCGACCUGCAAAGAAAGUAAAUAUAUACAGGGCUGUCAUGAUUUACAUUUAGGCACUUGUUUCUCAUGAAUAGGACAAAAAGGGAAACCGGAGUUUCUAAAAGAUGAUGACGAGUUCGAUGUGAAUACAGAAAAGGGAACCAAAAGACCAGCACCGAACAAGGCACAAGGGUAUUGUUUAUCUUUGGAUAUUUAUGUAUAUACUGAAUUGUUUGCUUUAUAAACGUUAUGAUCGAUUGAUUUGUCAUAUUUAAUGAGAGGUAUUGUAUAUACAAGUACUUAGCCAGGACCUGGAAUUUGAGCGUCCACAUUUGAAAUUGGGCUCUCAACUGAACAUUUACGUGCAUGGCGGUGAAUCUAUGCUCGGCCUUAUUAAAAGACCAAAAUAACGUACUGUACAUAUAAAAUUCAGUUAAAUUUGCCUCUAAUUGACUGUCAAUAAUUUACACCAUGCAAGCAGUAACAAGGCAUUAGAUUGUAGUAUAAAGACCUUGCACUACUUUCAAUGGACCAAUCCCCAAUUAAAAUUGGGGAUUGGUCCAUUGAAAUGGACCUUCGUUGCAAAAUGUUGUAAAAUGCGGAUAAUAUAGCCUUGCGAAGCCGUAAUUUUCAGUCAUUUUGUAUUACGCACAGAAGUGGUAAUCAUUUCCCGUUUGUAAUCUAAAAUGACUGAAAAUUGCAAACUUCGCAAUGCUAUAUUAUCCGCAUUUUACAACAUUUUGCAACGAAACUUUGGAAUAAUACUAAUUUUGUGAUGCUCUUUCAAGCUGUGAUGAAAUUUUUGUCUAGAUUUGUUGAGUUCAAAAUUUUGGUUAAUUGGGGAUUGGUCUAUUGAAGCCAUGCAAUCAAGUGUACAGUGCAUACAAACCACAUAUUUUUAUAGUAUAUAUUGUUUCAACUUGCGUUGAUAUGAUGAAACACUACAGUGAUACUUUUAGCACCAAAUGAGUAGUGUAUACACUGCAACUUUGUACAUCUACAUAAUACCUUUUUAUCUUGAAUUAACGAUUUGUAUUUUUAUAUUUUUAGCAAAUCGGCAAAGAGGCAAAAAAAGGCAAGUUCUAAAAUUCUUAUUAAAAAUUUAUAUUUAUAUACUUUAAUUAAUAUUCUGAGGACAUUUUGUGCGAAAUUAUUAAUACUCAAUAAUUGCAAAGUUUUUAUUUUGAGCUGUACAGUAGAUUACAGUUUUCCGUUUAUAUAUAGCAUGCAGUAUUCGUAGAUGCCACCAAUUUCUUCAAACAUAUUUUAAUAUUUUGAAGCAUAUAGCUCAACAUUAGAAGAUGCAACUACCUGAGAAAUACAAAAGAAGUUUAAUUAUCUAAAAGAUAAACAAAACACUUAGUAAAUAUAACAAAACACUAAAUAAAAUAAAACACUUAUUUACUGAGACCUCGGGAGAACAGUGUCCCCUCGACCGCCGUUGUUGCCCUCGGUUUCGCCUCGGGCAACAACGGCGGUCCACAAUACACACUGUCCACAAAACACACUGUUUCCAUCGGUCUCAGUAAAUAAGUGAUAAAUACAUGGCAUUAGUUUGUUUCUAUAUUCUCGUGCCAUGGCUAAGGGUCAUAGUUAAACGGAAGAUAAUUUUUAUUUUUCACAGGAUUCAAAGUACGGCUUUGGUGGAAAGAAGCGAGAAAAGAAAAGAAACACAGCAGAAAGUGUAGCUGAUGUUAGUACAUUCAGUUCUGCGAAACACAGCAAAGCGCCCAGAACAAAGACAAAGGUAAAUAUUUAGGGUUUUUUCGAGUUUACUGCACGUUUAACAGUUAGUCGUUCUGAGGCAAUGUUAUUUGACCACAAAUUACCAAACAUUACACUUACUUUAUUUGUAAUUAUAAGAUGACAUAUUGCCAGGAGCCGGCGUGAUUACUUGGUAAAAAUAAGAAUUCAUGAUUAGGUGUGCUCCAUGCAGGAUAUUCUACAGUAAACUAUCUGAAAGUAGCAGGGCCGUCGCUAUAGGGGGGUGACCCCCCCCCCCCUUGAAAACAUCUUGUCGGCAAAAUAACAGAUUUGUCGGCAAAUUGUUUUCGUAUAGUCAGCGAAAACAUUUGAGUGGCUCUGAUUAAAAAGUAAUAGUUAUAGCAAAAAUUUUGAUAAAUUUAGGAAAAUGUUACCGAAAAAUUUAUAUUGUGAAAUCAUAAAUAAAACAUAAAGAAAACACAAAGGAAAUCACGACCGUGAAGGAGUUUGUAUAUCUGAUACAAAAUAAUGCUGAAUCAGCUGAUUUACAUAAACUUUAAGACAGUUAAAUUAGUCGAAAUUCAUCGAUAUUCCGAUAUUGAAGGACCGAUAUUUUGCCGAACCGAUAUUCUAUGUCAUUUCACAAAAUUCAAAGAUAACAUCAUGACAGUUCUACUUUAAUACUUUUGAAUUUAAUUCAAUUCAAUUGUUUCUAAAUAUUGAAAAUAUCAAAUGAAAUCAGUGAACUCUAAGAGAACUGGAACGAUAACUUGGCGGCCAUCUUUGAAGCCACUCGUGAUGGCCGCCAUGUAGGUAUGGAGUGGAAAAUACGCCACCUAAAAGUUGUCUGUUUUCGGACACUAAAUAGCUGUAUUUCAACAAGGAAAAAAGCUAAAAACUUUCAACUAUAUCUGAAAUUUAAUGUUUCCAGAACGUAGAGCAGUUAUAGUCUAGGACCUGUAUAUGAGUUUGUAUGCGAUUCAUUUAGGACAGGUAAUCUCAACUGUUUUAGGGUAAAAUGACCAUGGCGGUCAACAUGGCAUAUGUGCGAAAACCUGAAUCCGGGACGAAAGGCCUGAAAAUGACCCCGCCCUGAAACGGCAGUGUCGACAUAGCUCUAACUUCCGAAAAGGAAAAGCGAUAGCCUUUCUGAAGUGCUUAUAGUGUUUAGAAGGGUUGCUUUUAGGGGUGGUCAUUGGAAGGAAAAAUUUGUCGAAGUAUAAUAUUUUACCAGAAAAUGCUAUGCACCACCCCAGGUAAAUUGCUGAUUAUGCACAAAAUAACUAAUAUGCCUGGCAGAAUUAAAUAUUCUUAUUUCCUAAAAAAAAUUAUCAUGGGGUGAAAAACUAUGCUUAAUUUAAUAUAAAUAUUGUUGAUUUCAUAAGGAUUGUCAUUGUUUUCUUUAAAUAUAAUACAUUUUAUUUCACUUACCCCCCACGAAAACACGAUUUCAGCCAUAUUUUGCCGUCUUGUUUGCUUUUUAUCGCCGAAUCUCGCAAAUAUCAUCCAGUUAUUGUACUUUUACAUAAUCAUAAAUGGCUGAAGAAGAUUUCAAAGAAGGUUUCAUCCACUUUUGUAACAGUGCAGUGUAUUUUACCUUCGAUAUUGUGUCCUUCGAUAUUCCGACAAAUUGCCGCCAUUUUAAUGGCUCGCCGCUUCUCUGUCUGAUAAAUGCAACUUCUUCGUUUCCAUAUGUAUUUAGAUUACAGUAUCCAAGAGUACUUCAUUGUAGAAUUGUCCCAAUCCAAAAAUUGGCAACAUUUGUCCCAUUAGGAAGGAAAAAUCCUCCCGUAUACCAUUUAGGUUCAAAAUAAAAAACAAAUCAUUUGAAAGUCACGCGCAAUCUUCGCGAAAACUUCUCGUGGACACAUGACGGGGGGGAGGGGGGAGGGUGAAUAUUUUCACGAAUAUGUUCGCCACCACAGAAACAUAACUAAAUAUAUUGUAUUUUUAUGAUUUAUAAUAAAAACAAUAAAUAUUUGCGUAGUUUUGUCAUUUUGCGAAGAUUGCGCGUGACUUUCAAAUGAUUUGUUUUUUAUUUUGAACCUAAAUGGUUUACGGGAGGAUUUUUCCUUCCUAAUGGGACAAAUGUUGCCAAUUUUUGGAUUGGGACUAUUCUACAAUGAAGUACUCUUGGAUACUGUAAUCUAAAUACAUAUGGAAACGAAGAAGUUGGGGGUAAGUGAAAUAAAAUGUAUUAUAUUUAAAGAAAACAAUGACAAUCCUUAUGAAAUCAGCAAUAUUUAUAUUAAAUUAAGCAUAGUUUUUCACCCCCAUGAUAAUUUUUUUUAGGAAAUAAGAAUAUUUAAUUUCUGCCAGGCAUAUUAGUUAUUUUGUGCAUAAUCAGCAAUUUACCUGGGGUGGUGCAUAGUCAUUUUCUGGUAAAAUAUUAUACUUCGACAAAUUUUUCCUUCCAAUGACCACCCCUAAAAGCAACCCUUCUAAACACUAUAAGCACUUCAGAAAGGCUAUCGCUUUUCCUUUUCGGAAGUUAGAGCUAUGUCGACACAGUUGUUUCAGGGCGUGGUCAUUUUCAGGACUUUCGCCCCGGAUUCAGGUUUUCGCACAUAUGCCAUGUUGACCGCCAUGGUCAUUUUACCCUAAAACAGUUGAGAUUACCUGUCCUAAAUGAAUCGCAUACAAACUCAUAUACAGGUCCUAGACUAUUAUAAAGUUCUUUUUUUCAGGAGUCAAAGUGCGAAGUUUUUUUCGGCACGUUCAAACUUGUGUAAUAUUUUGAAUAUCAAGCUGUUACCCAGGAAGUUUUUGCUGUUAGUGGAUGUAAAAUACUUAGGACUAUCCAGGAAACCAGGUUUGAAUCUUUUAAGUUGAAGCCUUUUGAUAAAAAAGUGCUUUUUCUUGCUGAUUUUCGCUCAAAAACAAACUUUUGACUGAAUUUCCCGCUCCUCGAAACUCUCCCCAGUCCUUUUGAAAGUUAAUUUAUUGCUCGCCGAGCUCGCGAGAAGCGCCAUGUUGGCUUCAGGAAGCUUCAGGCAAGUAUGGGCAUGUUUAUCUGCAGUUAGCGUUCCAGUGUUAUUACAGUUCACUGAAUGAAAUGCUGCAAAUGCAACAGGUGGGAAAUUUGCUGUCGCUGGCCAGCAAAUUGCGGGCGCUACCGAAAAUUUUGUUUUAAAUUAUUAAAAUGAGCAAAAACAAGUUUUGGGGCUUCUCGUUUGGGACGAAAACUGUGGAUGUGCAAGAAUUUGAGUUCGUUUAUUUAAGGGCUGUUGAAAAAUGUCCUGGAUAAAAGACUUUAAACUGAAAUUGGACAAUUAUAAACUAUUUAUUUCUACGACGAAAUGUUGACGAAAUUUAACUUUUUUCGAUGAUGCAAGUUGUUUUCACUCCCUGGACAGAUGAAAUUAAAAAAUAAACUCAGGUUUGGGUUGAAAAUUUGUUUUUAACGCAUUUUUCUACUCAGAAAUAUCUUUGGAAAGUUCAUUUAUGAUUAAAUCUUUGAAAACACUUAGUGCAAAAAUCGUGAUUUUGCUAAAAAUAGGAAAAAGCUAAAUUUUCAACUUAAGAUUGUAAAAAAUCUAGUCGAUGAUUCUUCAAAGAUUUCUUAAUUCACUAAUCAAAGUAUUGUUCAUAUGAAAAUACGGGUUGAUAUCAAAAACAGCACAACCGUCUAAUGUAGUCUGUAGUAGUCUGAAAAAGUGCCUCUGGAUAUGCCGCUAGAAAUUGCAUGUGUUUGCUAAUCCUGUUCGUAAAAGCAUAUUCGUUGAAAGAUUAGACUUUAUUGAUUCAGAAAAUAUGAGCAGUUUUGAAAUCAUGCGAAUACGUUUCCAUCUCUCUCCAAUUUAAUACGGGGUUAUUUACGGGGGUAAAGGUUAGUACAAUGAAAUAAAAAAAAUAUAAAAUAUUUUAAAAUCUAGCCGAGAGCCUCAAAACCAAAUAUGGUUUAAACCACUCCUUAAAACAUAUACUUUAUAUUGGGAGAUAAUUCAUUCAUCUAAAAAUACGGAAUAGUAGGAAUUAUUGGACAUUUCCAUCGGAAUACGAGGUAGUUCCGAUAUAUAAGAUUACGCAAAAGUUGCAAUUUUAUAAAUAUUUUUAGCCUGUGAACGUUCUCAUACCUUCCUCGCCUUCUUAACAGGUGGGAAAUUUUGCAAAUGCAUGUAUAUUGUAUAGUGUUUCCACUUUUAGAUUUUGAUUUUCAAUACUUUCAAAUCAAAACUUUGAUUAUUCGUAAUUUUUAGGUGUAAAGAAUUCGUUUAACUAGUUUCCUUAGAUAUCGAUAAUAUCAACAACAAAAUUACCGAUACCGAUAUUUCUAUUUUAGUACCGAUAAGCCGAUACUGAUACACCGAUAUACGAUAUGGAUAUCGGUGCAUCACUAAAUUUUAUAAAUUGUUGAAGAAUCCAAACGUUCUCAUCAAGACGUUUCACUCGACACAACACAACCGCUCAUGUUGUAAACAGUGCUCAAGAACAAUCAAGCGGUUCAAGCCUGAUAUACAAACCGUUGACGAUUUUUAGUAUAUAUCAAAAACGCACUUUUUGCCAUGUUAUUUUCAUGUUUCAAGGUUGACAUCGUAUACAUUGGAGUAGAACUUUUGAAAUUGUACAAAAUACUCCAGCCUCGAUCUCAGGCGCUUUGGUUUGCUACGCCGUUGCUUGAUGCGCACAUGGAAACUGUAUAGUCGAAUAUUUCAUUUCCUGCGCGCACUCUUUCCCUAGCUGGCACAUCAAAUGGAUCAUUUUAUUUUAUUUUGUAGACUAAAGCGAAGAGGCUAGGAAAAUCAAGACGGCAAAAAAUGAAAACCAAAGGAAGGUGAUAUACAUAAAGGAAAUAUAAAGAAAAGUAAUAAAUCCACAAAGUUGAUGCACCGUCGACGCUGGACGUACCAGAGUGCCGACUGUAUUCCAGGCAGAAGACUGUCCUGCAAUGUGCAUCUUGGCUGCAUUGUGUACUUACAAUAGGUAUUUGGAACAUUGAUCAGAGGAUACGGUGGAUUUUAAGUGACUGUGUAGUAAUUGCACAAGAAACACAGAAUAUGUUUACAGGUGUAUUUUAAACUGUAAAAACUUUAAAGUAACGUUUCUCAGAUAUAUGAUCAUGUGGUAAUAAUGAGUGUUUGUGUUCACUGAAAUGCGUAGAGUUUUCAUUAAAUUAACCAAACAGCCUAAAAUAUGUUUGUUUUUGUGUGGGUUUCGGAAAAAAUUAUCGAUUCACCCACUCGAGCAAGUUUUUGGUUAAUUAUUGUCGCUAAAUAAGCAAGCAUCUCUUAUAAUUACUUACAUGCAUGUAUGAGUAUAGCAGUAGAAUUUGUAAAGUAAUAGCUUCUUUGCAGUUGUCUAAAAUAGUUGAGAACAAGUUGUAACAGACCAUCUGCAGAUCUGUUCCGACAUGCGCGAAAUUG